CGCACGUAUAAGUAUGGUUUCGCACGGCGGCGGUAUACACGGUGUACACCAUUGGAAUAUAACACAAUAGUGCAGCGGCAACUGGGUAGUGGAGAUUCUGGCGAGGGGCGGGGAUAGCUUGGAGGUGAAGUACUGUCUCUUUCCACUAGCUAUUCCGCGUGCGUGGGUCAGUCGAGAGCAAAAAAUAAUAUCACUGAUUUGCAAAAGAAAACACGUGCGAAAGGGGUAAUGAACGCCGGUGUACAAGUUUUUUGAAAGACUGUACCGGUGCAAGAGAGACAGCACUUCACCUCCGAGACCUCCAAGGAUACUUCUCUCUCUCCGGAAAUCCAGCCGUACUCGCUUCGUGCAAACUUAACACACACUUAUCAGUGCUAUGCAAAUCUCUAUACGUACAUACACGCUCGCAGCGCCGCCAGUAGACGUAACAGGAAAGCUUAAACCCCUAAUAGCGCUACCUAUGGCGAUAAUAAGAACUUUGGGCCCAGGAAAUCAUAUAUACUAAAACGUUACUCUAUGUACAUAUACGACCACACAUGCUUGAUUCUGUAUUGUUUUUUAUGCACGAAGCCCGAGCCGUGCAGUGAGCGUUCCAGUCAUGUCCAGUAUUAUUAUUCCAGUAUGUAUUUAACUCAAAGAGCACUAGAUACUGACUACAGAGAUCAGUGGGAUUAGAUAGAGAUUACUGCGAAUCAGUCAUAAUCCUCUUUUAUAAUCCGCUUUGCAGUGACGGCUCAUUUAUAACAUGGAACUAUUAGUAGAGUGACAAACUGCAGAUUCUAUUAAAGACUAAUACCAAUUGUAAAGUAAUUUAUUUUCCAAUUGAUAACUAAAUAAAACAACGAAAACUACAAACGUGUCUGCAACCCCUUUAUAAUAGGUUAGAAUAUAAUAAAAUUCAGUAUUUUAUAGCCUUACUUUUCGCACGAAAUAUAAUCUGAUAAAUUGAGAAGUUGACAACCACUAACAAGAGCGCUAUGGAUGAUGUGGAUGAUGGUAUUUGUAGUAGUAGUAGUUAUAGUGAAGAGGAUUGUCCAGUGUGUCGAAGGGCAGUUCUGAUGGAUGCAAGUGAUAUAAGUGAAUCUGAGAUGGAAACACUGAGAGGAGAUACAAUUGGUGACACCACGUAUAGUGCCAAAUGGACAAUAAAUGUCUUGAUAUCACUUUCAAAUGUAUGCGAAACAGGAUGGACAGAUACAUUGGAAUCCGAGCUUUGCCUCUUAUGGGACAUGACCACGGAAAAAGAUGUGACGAUAUUUCUAGAAAAAUGUGAUUUCUUAAAAAUUGUUGAAGUAUCAUUCAAUGUUAGCAGUGAGCCCAGAUUGACGGAAAUUCUUAUGGGGAUUCUUGGAAAUAUGUGUUGCCAGUCGAACCUGAUACAAACUGUAGCAGAAAGACAGGAAUUAGUUUCUUUGCUUUUUAAUUUAUUAUCAACUGAUGAUCCGGAAACGCUAAUUCAACUCUUAAGACUGUUGCGAGUUGCUGUAUGGGAUAUUCAACUACAGGAAAGGAGGGAUGUGAUUUCACCAUGGUUGGAAUACUUCAAGAAUUACGAAGUACUUGGAUCAUCUUUAGUUUUUAUCCUGAACAGUUCAACCAAUGAUGAUUUACUAACAGCUGCUAUAGAUCUGAUACAAGCAAUUUCAACCACGGACUUGUCAGAUGAAGACUUAUUAGAAUCUCUUAUGGGUGUCGACGAACUACUUCCAGCUCUGAUAGAAUCAUUCAAGCAAUUGAUACCCAAGCAAGAUGGAAAUCACACGAGAUCAGAGCUCAAAGUUAUUGAAAAUUGGCUCACCAUUCUGGACAAUUUAUUAGAAGACAAUUACCUUAUUUUGGGUGAAGAGCAAUACAGUAAUCAUUUUGUUGGUGUCCUCGAUAUACUACUCAGGAUACUACAGCCUUAUGUAAAGUCUCACAAUUUAUUACCUUUGGAUGAAUUAUCAGCCGUGUGUAUACGCGACUGUGUGAAAUUGAUUCUAAGUUUCCAACAGCACAAAUUACCCGUGGGGCCCGAAUUCAUAUUUAUCAUAGUGACAAUCCUGUUUUACCUGAAAUCAGGAAACCAAUCACCUGAUUCAGAAACAGACAGCGACAAAAGUGAAAACAAUGAGAGAGAACUUUCCGUGUAUUUGGAGAAAUAUUGGUUUAAAAUAUUAGCUAUGUCCGAAGUGGAACACCUGCAAGACGUUCUACAAAUGUGUGAAGAUAGUAUCGUUAAAUACAUUAUGGAUACAACCAUAUCGCACCCACGAACGAGUACUGAUACAAUGGAGAAACUAAUAAUAGCGAGUGAAUCUCUAAAUUAGUUGAAAAAUGAUCAGUUAUAUUAAUGUGUACAAAAUAAUAUAGCAAAAAUUUUUGUUUAUCGAUACCGUGUGCAUUGUAUUUUAAACAAUUGCAUAGAAUAUUAAUUUAUGAAAUGAUGAACCAUAGAAGAUCGAAAUCCUAUUAUCAAUAGAAUAUUACUUGUCUUUAAUAAAAGAUUCGUGUCCGAA